AUGGAAGUUUUGUUGCCCAGAAAGACAGUUAACCGAAUCGAUUUGGAGGUGCAAUUCGAAAGCCUGAUGGGUCAAACAAAGGAUUUGAUACCUAAUUCAGACGAGGAUUUGCUGGUGACAAGCUGCUCUUUCGUGACUGCGCUCGAUGGCACUUGGGUCCGGCAAGUAGCAGAUCUGGCCAAACGAAAACUUGAAGAGGAGCAAGGACAUUCGGUGACUUUCACUCAUCUGAUGCUGGAUUUAAACCAGAGCCGAACAUACGCUAACUUCACCCAAAGAAUGUGUCGACAAAUUGCCACAGGAGCUAUCGCCUAUCCGGACGUUCUGAUUGACUUGACAAAUUCAACAGCGAGUCUUCUGAUGCUACGCAGACUGAGUGUUCAGCUGGACACGGGGUUUAUUUCCGCACAUGGGACUGAUUUUAUUGAGCAAACCAGGACACAAAGUUCCACGGAUGCGAACUGGACAAUUUCUGGCAAUCCAAUUUUAAGCAUGGGAUUUCCAAGCCAUGCUCCUAUAACUGCCGCGAAAUUUUUUGCUAACAAAAUGCACCCAUUGGCCACGUGCGGUGCUAUCUCAUUUGCAUCUGAGGAUAUUGCUUAUUCCCGACCGCACAGAAAUUCCGAAGAGUCCACUUACAUAGAACAUCAGAGUUUCUCACUGUCACAAAACACCACUAUGGAGGAAUAUAAAAAUUUGUGUCAUGGUUUGUUUUACGAUUACCAUACACAUUUUUGGAUGUUUGCCAUCUCGCGCAGUACAAUGAAUCGCUUAGUUGACGCUGUGGAAUCCGUGUUCAAAGGACAACCACUGAAUGGCAGCUUUGUGGUCUAUGACACGAACAUCAACUUAACUCAGUGCAGACCACUGUGUCGUGUGGUUGUCAACGAUACGGAUGCGUGCGAGACACUCAAACCCUCCACGUUUAUAUACUGCGUCAAACUGGAUUUAGCAGAAGCAAACCAGACUACUGUGAACCAAAUACGACAAUAUUUGGGAAAGGAAUGGAGCUCUCAAACAAUCAGACAGAUUGAUGCUCUGUUUGACUAUGAAACAGUUUUCACAGCUGGUUUGGCAAUGCAAAAUCUGACUCAAACUAACCAAUGGCCCGCAUCACCAGCUGUCAAUUUAUUGUGCGAGGCAGAUCGUGGUGAAGAAGCAUCGGCGUUGCGGUACAAUUUGUUUCGACAGAAAGUUACUCAGGAUCCCCCGUUUGUCUUCAAAACCGCCACUGGAUGGGAUGGAUUCUGCGUGGAAGUGGUUAACAUUCUUGCUCAGCGUCUCAAUUUGACCGUCAAGUUCAUUGAACAGCCUGAUGGAAAAUAUGGUAGCCGGUUCGCCAGUGGACAUUGGGAUGGAAUUAUUGGAUCGUUGGUCACAAAACACGCGGAAGUAGGUAUUGGACCAAUUAUUCAAACAACCGAGGCAAACGAGGUUGUGGAUUUCACGCAACCGUAUUUGCCUACAUCCGGAAUCUCAAUCGUGAUGCGACGUACACGAGAGAAUAUGGUCACUCCGCUGUUCUACGUCCAUGUAUUCACGGGGUAUGUCUGGCUUGUCUGCGGUGCUCUCAUUCUGAUCUUGGGAACUUCCGCGUGGGCUUUUGAAUUGAUCUCACCAUAUCGAGAACCUGCUCCACCAGGUCAUCAGGGUUUCAUUGAUCGAUUGAGACUGGGAAGACUUUUUGAUCUGGUAUCUUUUGCCACAAGCAGUUGGGCAUCCCAAGGUAAGCAUUUGAAUGCAUCAUAUUGA